GAAAACAAAGAAAGAAAAGGCAGAGCAGCAUUUGAAACAGAACCUAAGAAAGACGACUAUGGGCCCAACUAAACCUGCAUUUCCAACUCAAGUGCUACCAGAAAUAAGGAGGGCAGAUCAGACAAGGAUUCCCGGCUCAAAUGAUCCAAACCUGAUGAAAUCAAGUAAAGUUCAUCCUGUUGAUUAUGACUUGAAACCAAACAAGACGACUGUCAAGCAAGACCAGGAUUCUGUUGAUUCAGCCCCUACAUUACUGCAUGACCUUACACCGUCAGUCAUCACUCCUACAGACCCACUAAAGGAAACCCAGAGUCCCAGAUUUGAAGGGUUGGUAGUUACCAGACACAAUAAAGUCCAUCCACUGAAUACAAAAGGAUCUGACCUGCAGACAACUUUUACUGAUGAGAGCAUGUCUGUUUCUGAGAGGGAAAAGAGAGAUCUGAUUGAGCUUGAGGCCAGCUCUAAUAAAAAAUGUGCCAUUGAAUUGGAAGAUAAGUCUGGAACCAGCUCAGUGUGAACGACAGUUCUUUAGUUCUCAUAGCUGUGUAAAUCCUAUCAAACUUUGAAUUUCUUUCCAACUGAUUUUAUUUGCUUUAAAACUAAACAGCUUUAAUCUAUACUAUCAGAUAACCAAUCAAUAUUUUCUCUUUUUGAAAAGAUGAUUAUGAAAUGUUCAUUAAUUUUUGACAAUGUACCUAAUAAUU